AUGGCUCUGCGACCGCUGGGUGAGGUCGGGCCCCAGGACAAGGCGUACUACCUGCCGGAAAGGUUUCAGAGCAACCGUCCGCACCUGGCCGCCUAUUACACGCCUUUCCUGACCUACGACCGCUACGGGAACACCCUUACCGCGGCCGAGGAGGACUACCAGUCUUUCCGGCAGCUAGAGUCCGCAGUGUCGGGGUCACAGGCCAUGCUCCCGUUUGCCUUCGGGACGGCAGCUCCUUUGCUUAGCCCGGGCCUGACCCUACAGACCGAGCCGCUCUACGAUCUGCCCAGGUACAGCAAGCUGCCACCUUGGCACCCAAUUCCCCACCUCCCCAGGGAGGUGCCACACUUGCUGAACAGCGAGUAUACAGGAGCCAACAGUGGCGACUUCGGCCACAUUGGUGGCCAGAGCCACAGUGGCCAGUGUUGCGGACCUGAAACUUUAAUCACCCAGCCCCCUGUGGAGGCUACCCUGCUACCUGAAGGUCCGAAGACCUCCCAGUUGUCUUGCGCCCCCAGUAAACCGUCUGAGGAUGUCCCCAAAGCCCUAAACCCAGAAAGGAAAUCGCCUCAUCAUUACCACUUCACCGCGGAGGACCUACACCUAGUUCUGUAUGGGGUCAUUCCCAGCCUGGAGCAUCCAGCCCGUCUGCACCAUGCUAUUUCUGGCUUUUUGGUCCCUACAGGCAGCUCUGGAUCUGAUUCCCUUCAUCAAAGUCUGGAUAAAGAGUCCCUUCAACUACCAGAAGGUCUUUGCCUUCUGCAGACAAUGUUUGGUGGAGCCCCACAUUUUGGCGUGUUCUGUAGUAGCCUCAUUGCCAAAGGAGUCAGGUUUGGGCCCUUUCAGGGUAAAGUGAUCAAUGCCAGUGAAGUUAAGACCUAUGGAGACAAUUCCCUAAUGUGGGAGAUCUUUGAAGAUGGUCAUUUAAGUCACUUUGUAGAUGGAAAAGGAGGUGCAGGGAACUGGAUGUCCUUCGUCAACUGUGCCCGUUUCCCCAAGGAACAGAAUCUGGUGGCUGUGCAGUGUAAAGGGCAGAUAUUUUACGAGAGCUGCAAGGAGAUCUCCCAGAACCAAGAGCUCCUUGUGUGGUACGGAGACUGCUAUGAGAAGUUUCUGGACAUUCCUGUGAGCCUUCAGUACACGGAUCAGGGCAAGCAAUUAUCUGGGCCCUCUGAAGAGUCUGCAGAAGGUUACAAAUGUGAAAGAUGUGGGAAAGUAUUUACCUACAAAUAUUACAGAGAUAAGCACCUCAAGUACACCUCCUGCGUGGACAAGGGUGAUAGGAAAUUUCCCUGUUCUCUCUGUAAGCGGUCCUUUGAGAAGCGGGAUCGGCUCCGCAUCCACAUCCUUCAUGUACAUGAGAAGCACCGGCCUCACAAGUGUUCUACAUGUGGGAAGUGUUUCUCUCAGUCUUCCAGCCUCAACAAACACAUGAGAAUCCACUCUGGAGACAGACCGUACCAGUGUGUGUAUUGUACAAAGAAGUUCACUGCCUCCAGCAUCCUCCGCACACAUAUUAGGCAGCACUCUGGGGAGAAGCCCUUCAAGUGCAAGUACUGUGGCAAAUCUUUUGCAUCCCAUGCUGCUCAUGACAGUCAUGUUCGACGCUCACACAAAGAUGAUGAUGCCUGCUCUGUCUGUGGAAAAACCUCAGAUCAAGAAGCUCUCUACGCUCAUGUGAAGUUUCCUGAGUUCUACGCUAGUUCUGCUUCAGAAAGUUUGGGGGCAAUGUGA